CCCAUAGCUGAACAAGUCCAUCAAUGAUUGUCGCUCCUCGUCCAGCAGGGACGAUGUUGUUUUGAACAAAAUUUUGAUUAUUUCUGAAGACACUGACACCACGCCUACUCCUCCAUCGGAGCAGUGAGCUCUGCUUGGCCGUGUUUUCGUAAAUCCGACCAUUUCAUAGAUGGUUUUGAUCUGCUAAAAUGGAUGGACUGAGGACCAAGGGAAACUCUGACAGUUUCUGGAAGAAGAACCUGAAGAACGUGCCCGGAAGGCCGAGUCCAAAGAAGGAAGUGUCCAAACAAAAGUCUGGCUCGGGCUCGACGUCCUACCAGGACUUCCAGGAAAGUGUCAACGACGCCUGGGCCGUUGACGAAGAUGACGAGUUCUUCGACCACUCCGAAAACGCAGCGGACGUGCGGAUCUCGCGCAAGGUGGCGCACUCGGCCGCCCUCAGCGUGAUCAACAGCCACCGGAGCAGCGAGGCGGCCAGGGAGGCGACCAUCUCUCAGGAACGCAAGGCCGACUCACUGCAGCGGCUGGCCAUCCAGAAGGGCGACAACCCGCUGGGCAUCGAGCCGGCCAUGCCCUCGCCCCCCACCAGACACUUUCCGGGUCACCCGCAGCUGCUCGUGUCCAAAAAGGGCCUCCAGAUUUCCAUGGCAGAGGGAGAAGCCACCGACAGUGACAGUGGGAAAAUUGAAAAGUUUCACGUGCUGCUGGACGACGCUUUACUCAAUCUCGACAGCCUCCGGCAGCUCAGCUGGUCCGGCAUUCCCAUCAAGGUUCGAGCCAUCACCUGGAGACUUUUGGCGGGUUACUUGCCCGCCAGCCUGGAGCGAAGACAAAACUUGCUGGAGCGAAAGAGACACGACUACUGGAGCCUGGUGAAGCAGUACUACGACACGGAGAGGGACGAGGUUUACCAGGACACGUACCGCCAAAUCCACAUCGACAUCCCACGGAUGAGUCCGCUGAUCCCGCUCUUUCAGCAAAAGACCGUCCAGGAAAUGUUCGAGCGCAUUCUUUUCAUCUGGGCCAUCAGGCACCCGGCCUCUGGCUACGUUCAGGGUAUCAACGACCUGGUCACGCCCUUUUUCAUGGUCUUCCUGCAAGAGGUCACCGCGCCAGGUACAAAUUUAGAAAACUGCGACGUCGCCAGUCUGCCCGAGGAGCAGAGGAACAUCCUCGAAGCUGACUCGUUUUGGUGCCUUUCCAAGUUCCUCGACGGAAUCCAGGACAACUACAUUUUCGCCCAGCUCGGCAUCCAGCAGAAGGUGAACCAACUGAAGGAACUCGUGCAAAGAUAUGACGUGGAGGUGCACAACCACCUGCAGCAGCACGGCGUCGACUACCUCCAGUUUUCCUUUCGCUGGAUGAACAAUCUGCUGACGAGGGAGCUGCCGCUGCACUGCACCAUCAGACUGUGGGACACGUACCUCGCAGAGUCCGAUGGCUUCGCAAUGUUCCAGCUCUACGUGUGCGCCGCCUUUUUGCUCCACUGGAGGAAAGAACUUUUAGAGCAGAAGGACUUUCAGAAUCUGAUGAUCCUGUUGCAAAACCUGCCGACGGCCGACUGGAGCAACAGUGAAGUGAGUGUCAUAGUGGCCGAAGCGUACAAACUGAAAUACAUGUUCGCCGGUGCGCCGAACCAUUUGCAGAACAGCCUGAAAGCGGCGUCUUGACGAGCCUGCGAGGCCACUUUCGUGACCCGUUUGUCGCUCUGACAAGUGCUCAGCCUCUCGGUGGUUAACUGUGAUUAAUAAGAGGUAUCUUUCGAAAGGAUUAAAAAUGUGUUGUGUCAAAAACUGCUGCUUACAAUUGUGUACGUUUUCUUAUGCUGUCUUUGAAUUAUAAAAAUAUCUUGUGUUGCAGUUGUCUUUUGAAAUAUAGUUUUAAAUAACGCA